AAGCUAAUGCUGGCUGCGUUGGCAUUUAGGAAUAAAUAUGCUAGUCGACCAUAUCUGCCAGAGGAACUCAUCCCCACUGACCACAAGAAGCCUUUUUUCAGCGUUGACUCAGACGUGCAGUGGCCUGAGUGGUCUUCUCGUGAUGCUGAGCUCGGACCAGGAGGCGAGACCCUCAUCAGGUCUGAGGAGGGGCGAGCCGUGUUGACGCUGUCGCCCUCGGGUGAAGAAUUCUCCGUCGAGUUCACAUGCAGCCUCAGUCGGACUCCGAAUCAGCACCACAGCCUGCAGGGGUUCAGCAGAGACUCUGACAGCAAUCUGAUCUGUCAGACCACCAAUGAGGAGACCAAAGAGGUUCAUCAGGGGAGAGGAAGCAGAAGGAAUGAGUCUGUUAGAUCAAGAUCUUGCUCUCCUCGGAUUACCAGCGCUGCUCAGUCAAAGCCAGAGGACAUGUACCAAUCCACUGCAGUGGUCCAGCAUCACUCCUGCUGCGCUGUCGCCCCCUUCUGGCGCUACCCUCUUUCCUUGGCUCACCAUCUCUGGACGGCUCGUGUCUCUAAACCGGAAAAUGUCAGCGCAGAGGAAGACAGCGAUCUCACCCGGGCAUACAGGAGAAUAAAGUUGUCAGACAUAUCCGUUGAAGAAAGAAAGUCUCACCUUCCUCAGGCGCUGUCUCUCACAUGUCCAUCGCCUCACUGGCACAGGUGGAAGGUUAAAGACCCCCUGGAUAAAAAAGAAUAUGCAGACCAAGAUCUUCCAACAGAGCUGGUAAAAGUGAUGUGGUGUCACGGAGUCACCUACAGGAUACUGAGCGGGGCUGUCUCAGUUGUAGAGGUUUCACCGGGAGAUGGAUCUGUCAUCCGGUCUAACGGUGUACUCAACACUUAUUUCACUCAUCACAAACCUGAGCUCCUGUCAGGGCGGGUGAAAGAGGUAACUUACCAUCUGAACAACCUUCCACCGGAUGUACCCGGACAGCUGUACUCUAUAAGCUCUAUUGUCAGUCGUGCAAGCAGGAUCCUCACGUGCUACAACGAGGCCAAGCAAUCACUGAAGCUCCCUGUGACACCCAGCUGCUUGCAAGAGGGCCAACAAUUUUCUAAAGCAGCAAAGAUUGAAGAAAAUCUGUCAAAUCCUGUAUCUGUUGAGCAGCAUAUGUAUGUCAUGCAGAUGGCAGAAAGUCGGUCAGAUCUGGUAGCUGCAGAAUUGGAGAAGAUAAAACGAUUCAACUUUCUGCUGGAGAACAACCACCUGCUAAGGAGUGAGAGACGAUGUGCAGAACCAGACGGUAGUUCUGUAGAAGAGGUGACUCAAGAGGCAGUGACUGAGAACUGCAUCGCUGACGCUCUUCGAAGGACAUCCAAAGCCAUACAGGACAUUGAUGCUCUCAUAUCUGCAGCCACGCUGACGUGAAAGAGUCCCGAUUAAGAGAAGAGUUUAAAAAGAAGAAAGCCUGACUGUUGGGACUUUGAAUAUAUAUAUAUAUAAAGUUUUACUUCUGUGUGUGUAGAGAUUGAAAUAAAGAUUUUUCUUUAUGUCGAUGCUGGUACAUGGGUUUUAACUCUUAGAUUUGGAGUUUGUAUUAAUUGUAUAAGGUUGUAUUAACUACUGACUCUGGCAUGACCUUAUAUACCAACAACAUGAAUAUAGAAGGUUUUGUCCCAGUUGCUAAUUACAAUAUUUUUGUCGUGACACAGUCCCUUCCUGUCAGAUAAGAACUUGCAAUGGUGCAAAAUGAAUUUUAACACCUUGAUGUUUCCUCCUACACACACAACAACUUGUCACAAGAUGUCACUGAUUAAAAAAAAAAAAACUAUUUCUGGAUUAUAAACUCAAGUGCAUGACUAAAUGUAGGUCGCUACUCCACUAACCUGCGGACUUGCGUUUAAGUCUAUCCCUUAGGUGCAAUAUGUUUAUCAGGGCAUUGUUGAAAGCCCAUAAAUGGUUUUAUUAAGUGGCGUGAGUGUUGAUUGACAUAAGGACC